UCCGCAUGACACACGUAACCGAAUCCCUCUCGAUCCUAAUCCCACGUUGUACCCAACACCAAUUCGAGCAAAAUCAAAAUGCUAGAAAGUGACCAGCCAAACAAUUCUUUAAGACCAGACGACCCAGACCCUGACGAUCCUCCUCAACCGAAGGAACAACCAAAACCCACAGGUAUUAUUGCCACUGCUUCUGGGUCAAACACUUGUGAAUGCCCACCGCCACCGUCACAGCCAUCGCCCUCAGCAACCAUUCCCUCACCCACCGGAAGCAGCGGACCAUCACGACGGCAUCCUCAUUUCAGGGGAGUUCGAUCGAGGAGUGGCAAAUGGGUGUCAGAGAUACGUGAACCACGUAAAACUACGCGCAUAUGGCUGGGCACGUACCCCACCCCAGAAAUGGCGGCUGCAGCCUAUGACGCCGCCACGCUUGCAUUGAAAGGACCCGACGCCAUUCUCAACUUCCCGGAAUUAGCUCCUACCUAUCCUAUACCGGCUUCUCUAUCCGCGGCAGACGUACGCGCCGCGGCCGCAAGUGCUGCUGCUGCCAGAGAACCGCCACAAGAACCUGCAGUACUUGAUCAAGCUCCUGCUACAUCUCCAAGAGACCCUGUAGAAAUUAACGAGGACGUCAACGCGUCGACUUCCGGUGAUAAUCAAAUGGGACAAGAUCAAUUUGUUGACGAGGAGGAACUAUUUGACAUGCCAAAUUUGCUAGUGGACAUGGCGGAGGGAAUGCUGGUGAGCCCGCCAAGGAUGAAGCCCGCGGUGUCUGGUGAGUCGCCGGAGAAUUCCGACGCAGAUAAUCUUUGGAGCUAUCCUUGACGCCGGAGCUUCUUUUUCACCUUCUCAAUCUAGCGCGUAAAACAAUGUAUGUAAAAUACUAGCAGCGCAAUAGUUGCCCGGUCAUAUGCUGUCUUUAGACCAGUUCCACCAUAUUAGAUUUCUCUGGCUCCUUCCCAGUCCAACUUUUUCAGAGCUCCAUUACUCUAUUAGAAUGUUGUGAAGUUUGAUUUCCCCACUUUAUUUUCUCCCAGCUAGCUAGGAGUUGGGAAGCGUAGUCGUGUGAGGCUUGAGAAUAUUGUGUUCUGCACUUCUGCUGCCUGCAACCUAAAUGCUAGUCAGCAAUAGAUGAGUGUAAAUAUAUAGACCCGUCUCAUCGUAUGCGAUAAGCAGUAACAAGUGAUUUUCCAGUGCCAA